AUUCGGCCUUGGUCGGACCACAGCAGAGGUUCGCGUUGGUUACCUGCUGCUGUAACGGUCUGAUCGGUGUCAGCGUGACUUUAACGGCUCACUUUAACGGCUAAAAGCAGCUAACCGGUUAGGCUAACGAUCGCUGAUUGAGCAGGUUCUGUCCUCACCUCUGAACGCCCGGAUUAACCUGGAUCCGAACCCAGUUUGUGUUAAAUUUGAGUCAGAAAAUCUGAUUAGUUGUCAGUUCUGCUGUGAUCAAUUAAUUUGUUCACCUAAAAUGAAUCUGGAAACUGAAUCAGUUCACAGUUUAGGAUUAAUUCUGUUUAAAGUCCAGGUGAACAGAUUCAUCUUAGGUAAACCGACUCUGUUCAUCAGAACUGAACUGUGAACUGAAUCACGUGUUUCCAUGCCCAGGAGAACCUUUUUCAUCAUGAUAUCUGAACAGGUUCUGAGUUGUGUUACUGGAGGUGCAGCAGCUGAUCACAUUCACUGAUCACAGCCCAGAAAGUUAUCUGAGUGAGAGAUGAGCAGCCGGAGCCACAGGACCAGUUCCAAGAAUCGAUCCAGACGUGUCAAAAGAGUCUCUAAAGUGUCUUUACAGAAGCUUGGAUGGACCAAAGAGGAGGAUGGGAUGCUGCUGCACCUGGUGAAGGAGUGUGGAUCCAACAGCUGGUCCUCAGUGGCUCUGCACUUCAGGGGUCACAGGUCAGAGGUGCAGUGUCAGAGACGCUGGCAGCAGAUUAAGAAUCCAGAGCUGGUCAAAGGUCCGUGGACUCAGGAAGAGGACCGACGGGUCAUGGAGCUGGUCCAGAAAUACGGCGUGAAGCGCUGGUCACUCAUCGCCAAACACCUGCACACUCGGAAUGGGAAGCAGUGUCGUGAGCGAUGGCACAACCACCUGAACCCAGCGGUGAAGAAGAGCAGCUGGACGGUGGAGGAGGACCGAAUUGUGUGCCAGGCCCAUAGACUGCUGGGAAACCGCUGGGCGGACAUCUCCAAGCUUCUACCAGGCAGGACAGAUAACUCCAUUAAAAAUCACUGGAACUCCACUUUAAAGAGGAAGGUGGAGAAAGAAGGAUACCUGCAUUUCCUGCAGCUUCACGGCCCAAGCACCACCUCCAGACUUGGGACCCGGAACCAUGAGUCCCACAGAGCACACAUCAAGGCCGACAGUCUAUCUAGCAAUAAAGAUGAGUCCAGCUUCUCCAGUCAGAGCACGUUCAGACCACAUGGAACCUCCACCCACCUGUGCUCUGCCUGGGUCCCAGCCUCCUACUCAGGGUGCAGCUCCUCUGUUAGCAUGUGCAAGCAGGAAGCAUCGACAGAUCUAAAGGAGAUGAAAUCAUCUUCAUCGCAGAACUUGGAGGCAUGGAGCUGCGAAAUACAGGAAAUGACCUCACAUAGUAAUCACCCCUCUGAGUCGCUUGCCGACUGCCUGCUCAUAGAUGAUAGCCAGUCUGUCAUGGACCUGAGCAGGAGCUACGAUACCGCUGUGAAGGAGCAGCUGAUGAACACUGAUGAUGGAGCCUCCUUCCUGGACUCCUCCUGGGAAAGGAGUAGCAUGAUGGAAGCAGCAGUAUUCUCUCAAUCUGAGGUGUUCAGUCUGAGUGCUGCUGAUGAGCUGAACUUUCAGCGUCCGGCUCUCACCUCCACCCCUCUCUGCUCCCUCAAACACAAUAUGGGCAGCCAUCAGAACGCCUGCUGCAUGCACUGCAGCUUGAGCACAAGGACGCCUGCGAAAAUUCAAGAGAAGAUCAGAGUGCUGUUGUCACUGGCUCCUCAAACGCCGACGCCGCUGAAAAUCACUGAUGAGGUGGCAGCAUGCUCUAGAAGGAUCAUGAACCUGACUGGGGGAGAGAGGAGCAGUGAUCCUGACAGUCAACACUCCAGCAGCAGCUCUGAGGUACACGGUGAGAGCCUGCUGAGCUCCAUCCUACAGAGUCAGAACAGGUCCAGCUCUGUCUCACAGGUCCAAGGUGGGUCUGGUUCAGGCCAGCAGAAGGUCCAGCGGCAGUCCGGCUCAGAGGUUCCUGCUCUGUCUGGGUUUGUCCCUCCCUGUGACGAGUUCGAAUGCUUCCCAUUAGAUGAACAGGUGGAAGUGUGGUGGGGCCAACAGAAUGGUCCAAACCCGGGGUCACCUGAGUGUCCAACUUAUAGGACCAACCCAUUUGAGGUGAGCGGUGAGCUGCAGGUGGUGAUGUUUGGGAGAACUGAGGACCAAGCUAGUCUGACGCAACAGGCCCGACUCUACGUGGAGCCAUGAUCAGGACCAGGUCCUGACCCAGUUUCAGCAGGUGGUGAGCAUCCUGUUGGAUCUUAAAUGUGGGAAUAAAUCAGAAACCUUACAGAGUUGAACGCUUCGCCUACAGCAGGUGGGUUAACACACCUGUCAGGUGGACCGCUCAUACCUGAGACAUCCGCAAGUAUCAUCGGCUGUCAGGCUGAAGACAAAUGUAACAAGAACACGAAGAGAACAAAACUCUGUCUUUCCUUCCUGGUUUAAACACAAGAAACACAUAGAUGGAACCAGACAUGCGUGAGGUGAACUUCACUUGAAGAGACGAUGACUCCUCCUCCUCAAUCAACAAGCCAAUCAGAAGAGGGGAUUUCUCGUUUCCUGCUGCCUCAUCACUUCACUUUGCUGUUUGGUUUCUUCAGCAGCUGUUUCAGUCAAAUCUUUUCUAUACCAAAAGCAUCUUUUAAUGUUUUUAACUGACUGAAAGUAGACGUUUUCUUUCUUUCUUGGAGAUCCUGGAUGUAAAGUUGGAGCCGAUCAUCAGCUUGGAUCGAAACGCUGCUGAUAUUUUAUUUCUUUAACAGCGGUUUCAGUAAAACUUUUCCUUUUAAAAACACAUUUUUAUCUUUUAACCAGCUGGAAGUUUACUUUGAUGUCUUUAUUUCUUGGAACGUUGCUGUGAUCCUGAUGUAAAGUGACUGAUGCUGCUCAUUAACUCAGAUUGGACCGCUACCGCCUCGCCUCGGGUUGUUGGACCAAACCAACA